UGGGUCUUUUUUUCAGACUCUUGGUUUGGAGAAUCGGGAUGGAAAAGGCGUUACAUUGGAGUGAUGAUGUUGACUUUGACCCCCAGUAUAAUCGAAGAGCUAAGGAUGCGAGACCCGUCCUUCCCUGAUGUUUCUCAUGGAGUUCUCAUCCACCGUGUGAUUGUAGGAUCUCCAGCCAACAGAGCCGGAAUGAAGCCAGGAGAUGUUAUUAUUGAGAUCAAUGGGGUAAAGGUGAACACGUCGGAGGAGAUAUAUAAUGCUGUGAGGACCAGCGAAAGCUUAAAUGUGGUGGUCCGCCGGGGGGCCGACCUGCUCAUGCUGCACAUGACCCCAGAGUCCACAGAGUGACAUCAAGUCAAGUAUUUAGUAAGAUUAAGAAAUGGUGAGUAAUGAGAAGCUGUCAUAGUUGGAGAUGUUGUAAGAAAGGAAUCAUCUAAAGAGUUGAACAGUUUUAGCAAACGCUGGACAUUCGUGUAGUAAACGUGUUUCUGGAAGCGUAUGAAAUAAUGUGGAUGAUUCAGACUUCUGUACACUGGAUAAACCUCAGUGUGUCUGCGCAAACUACACUAUCAGUAUUGAUUUGAAGGAAUAUCACUGAAUAUUUUGUUUAGGAUUGUCAUGAGGGCAACAAACACUCAAAGACCUUAAUAAAACUGGGUGCUCUUAUUGUGAAAAUGCUGAUGUUUUGUAUUGAGUCUCACAUUCUCAUGUUACGACGUUUGUAUUUUAAUACAUUUUUCUGAACAGCUCUGAUUUCACAAUAAACCAUUGGAAUAUUUAUGGAU